AGUUUAGAUUUUACGGAAGCCGAAACAUGCCGCGCUUACAAUGCUUACAAACAUUUGAAAGUUUAAAUGAUAAAAUAUGGUUUACCUGUUGGAAUCCAUCAGGAACAAUUUUAGCAUCUUGUGGUUCAGAUAAAAAGAUUAAAUUGUGGCAACGGGGAGAUGACGAUAAAUACGUUUGUAUUAAUGUAUUGGAAGGAAGUCAUACAAGAACGAUAAGAAGUAUUAGUUGGUCGAAAGAUGGAAAAUUCCUUGCGUCAGCUAGUUUUGAUGCGACCGUCUGUAUUUGGGUAAAAAGAGAAAACUGGGAAUGCAUUGCAACAUUGGAAGGCCAUGAGAAUGAGGUCAAGAGUGUUAGUUGGUCAAGCUCGGGAAAUUUUUUAGCUACCUGCAGUAGAGAUAAAAGUGUGUGGGUUUGGGAAAUUGAUGAAGAUGAGGCUUUUGAGUGUUCAUCAGUAAUGAAUUCUCACAGUCAAGAUGUUAAAUGUGUAAAAUUUCAUCCAAAUGAUGAUAUUUUCGCUUCUGCUAGCUAUGACGAUACAAUUAAAUUAUACAAACCAAGUGGUGACGAAUGGAUAUCAUUUUGCACAAUGGAAGGUCAUUCCUCUACCGUCUGGUGUGUAGAUUGGUCAGAAGACGGUAAUACCUUAGUAUCUUGUGGAGAUGAUAGGACAGUAAAACUUUGGAAAGAAUUUAAACCAUCAAUAGGUUCAAACAACGCUAUAUGGAAAUGUGUUUGUACUUUAAGUGGAUAUCACGACCGACCUGUAUAUUCCGUUGACUGGUGUCACAAGACAGAUUUAAUUUUAACCGCUUGUGGUGAUAAUGCAAUUAGAGUAUUUCGAAAAUGUCAAACAGAUGGUGUUGAAAAUGAAGGUGGAUUAUCGUUAGAAAUGGUAGCUAAAGAAUAUGAUGCUCACAAAGAGGAUGUUAAUUGCGCUGCGUGGAAUCCUAUUGAAGAGAAUAUUCUGGCAAGUUGUAGCGAUGAUGGAAUGUUGAAAUUUUGGAAAUUUAUAGAUGAUCAAUAA